CUUUUUGUGGGGCUCUGGACUUCCAAGCCUGCAGACUUACUCGCGGUUCACUGUUGAAGUUCGAGCCAGCGGUUUUUCUCUGUAGCCGAACAGAGCCGACCAAACCGCCGCCUCGCGCCUCCCUCUUGAAUCAACCCCCCCUUCUCCCAUUCCCGCUCUGGAGGCCAGAGGGAGCGGAGUGGAGAGCCUGGAGCUCAUUCCCAGCUGAGACCCCACAGCUCCGGAGCUCCAGAGUGGAGCUUGUUGAACCAGAAUAAUCUUUCCUGCCUCUCCUGGCUGUCUUUCUCUCCUGGAGACAAGGUGGAGGGAAGUCGCCGGCUAACUUUUCGUCGCGAUGGAUCUGGCGGCCUCUGUGAGGAAGGCCUGCUGCGGGAGGCGGAGGAAGAGGUCCCGGCCUUACGAGCGCGUUGUCCGGCCCAGCCGAACGUCCUCCCUGCUCCGCCGUUGGAUGUCUCAGCUUUGCUGCACAUCCAGGGCCUGCACCUCCAGCCUGAGCGCCUCGGACCAGUCCCUCCUGCAGCCGGGCUGCUGCACCCGGCCCAGAGGAACUCAUGGCAUGGGGGGAGCAGUCGAUGUAAGAGAUGAGGAGAUGGAGGCCUAUGGACAGGAAGUGUGGAUGGGAGUAGGAGAUGACGAGGAGGAGGAGGAACGGAAACAGGAGGUGGAGGUAGAAGUGGAGGCCAAUGAAGGAGAAGAAGAAAAAAACAGUGAUGCUGAGAUUGGUGAUGAUGCUGAUGAUGAUGAUGAUAAUGACGGUGAUAGUGAUGAUGGUAAUACAAGUGAUGAUGAUGAAGAUGUGGAUGCUAACGAUGAUGAUGACGACGAGGAUGACAGUGAACAGAAAGAAGAAAGAGGUGAGGGCGUCGUGGGGAUGAGCCUAAAUAGGAUAAUCGUGGAUAAUGAAUGGGUAAUGAAGAAGAGAUGGAAUUUAACACUUGGAAGUCUAGUUUUUGGUGGCGUUGCAUAACU